CUUCCUCGCUUCCCUUCUACAAGAAGAAGCAUACCGUGGUCUCCUGGUUUCCUGUCCAUGCCCCCAUGCUGCACACACAGCUUCAUCACACAGCGCCGUUCCACCUGCUCUUAUCAUGCCUGUUCACUGCGGCAUUAUCAACCUCUAGUAAUUGCUUAGUGAUGAUAUCACACUAAGAAGCCAGAAUCGUUGACUGUUGUGUCUGUGAGUGAUCUUGGAGACCAGCCCUGUGGGAAGUUGUUCUUUUGUAUCCAGGGACUGGCCCAAACCCUUUGAGAUAGACAGUCGCCUGAGCUUAUGUGUGGGACCAGACUCUACACCUGAGCGUAGAGUCAUAAAACAAAGCUGUUUGGAAAUGGUCGCUGCAGCGGAGAAGGCUGAAUGAGCAAAUGGAACUCAGUCCUGAAUGCCCAACCACUAGUGGACACCCACCCACCACAGACUUAUGGCCACCUCUGCCUGAAGUUCAAGAAACUUAAGGUGGAGGAAGAAAGGCUUUCCAUCAUCAAUAGAGACAACUGGCUGCUUCUGCAGAGGGUAGCCUCUGCCAUGAGAGCCAGGGGACAGACUGACAGCGGAAAUAACUUCACACAGAGAAGUCUAAACAGGAAGACAAGAGAACAGGCGCCUAUGGAAGCGCGGAAACAAAACAAAGUCAUCCUGGAAAGACUUGGAAGCUCAGAGCCCUGGUUUGGAGCACAGAGACGGUGGGAGGACAGGGAUGCCAUGGCCAGACGCACCCACAAAUGUAGACGCACCAGGAGAAAAGCAGCUGAAACUGACGCUCAGCAAGGACACAGCCUCAUCUGGAUACCCAACCUGAAAUGGAAAGUGUGAGGGUUCAGAACCCAAACACCCUAAGAAGCGCAGCGGCCAGAAACACUGAGGGGGGUCUUCCUAGGCUCUCCCUGGGAGGGGGUGGGGACAGCUGUACGUGUGUGCGGGUCUUGGAGUGGUGGCCUAGCAUCUGAGGUCACGUUGGCUUCUGUGUGCCUUCAGGGACAGCCUUGAGUGAGGGCCGUGACACAGCACCCUGGAGCUUUGUGGUCACAGCCUUCGCUAGAUGACACAGCACAGCUAUUUAUUGUGUUUCUUGGACUGAUAACCAAAAACAAACCAUGCAGAGUAACACCGGAAGUGACCGGAUAUUGAAUUAGACUUUCUUUUCUAGCUAUUAAUACUUUUGCUCAGUUACCAUGAGUUCAAGUGGUUGUAUGUAAUUCCCCUAAAAUCUUUGUGACUGUCACUUUACCAAAUAUAUAAAUAAAUCAAACUGAGAACUUUAACCCAGAUCCAGAACACAUGACCCAAGAAGUAAGGACCCAGUGAAUCUUGUAGAACAAUUAGGAAGUCUCUAAGAAUCCCCAACCUGAGUAUUUUCCCUGUUUUAAGGUAAGAUCACAUUUAAACUAUCCUGUAACAAGGAGCUGGUAGUCUUUCUGCCUCAAGAAGUCACUUAAAAACCCAUACACACUUUUCCCUCUUCA